AAAAAAGUGUUCGUGGUCAGUCUUCGAAAUUUUCACGAUGAAUUCACCACAUCUGAUGUCAAAUAUCAUGUCGCCCGGACUUAGUGAAAGCUCUUCUACCAUGACAACGUCGACUUUAGCCUCCACGUCGUCCCUCUCACCCACAGAGAAAACGUCAUCCAUAUUGGAUCCGACAGACGAUAUAGGUGUCGGCAUGAAACUGCGACGUAGUCAUAAAGAUGACUUUCGGAGGCACAAAAAACACUCGAAAAUCGACAAGUUUGACGAGUUUCAGGAAUGGAUUGAUGGUGACGCCAGUCUUCGAUAUUCACCAAAAGAUGCGGAUGCAAGGAAACACUUGAGUGGCUGGGCGAUGCGAAACACAAACAACCACAACAAAAAAGUUCUGAAGAAAUCAUGUUUGGGUGUGUUUGUCUGUAGUAAAUCAUGCGUCAACAGCGAAGGGGAACGAACUAGCGUGAGACCAGCUACGUCGGACAGGGCGAGAAAGAAGCAGGGCGAGAAAAAGUGUCCCAAUCCUGAAUGCGAUGGACGACUCGUACACGUACAAUGUGCCGGGAAGGGUGGUUAUCCAGUCACACACUUUUGGAGACCAAUGGAAUUAGUUGUCAUAUUCCAGUCGAAAGGGUAUCAUGACCACCCAAGACCGGAUGUUGUUAAAACAACAUCUUCCGCGAAGAUUGCAUUGCUGGAAUACCACAGAUCGCAUCGCCACGAAAGACCUAAAGAAAUUUGUAAAAAAAUUGGAGUGCAUAUUCACAAGUCUUUCAAUCGAGUCGACCGCGUUGCUAGGCAACUGAGGGAGGCACAGACUCUUCUUGGCGGUGGAGAUGUCCCUGUAACACAAGGUAGACCAGCAUCAUACAGCGGGUACGCGGCUAACGGACAACAAUCCUUUCAUACAAAUCCCGGUUUAGAGCAGUGGUACCAGUCCUCCAACGAGAUGUACAGUUACGGUCUAUACGGAGGGUCACAUAACGGAAUGAGUUCACAAUACUCCUCUGAUAACUAUUAUAGUAACAACUCCGGGGAUUAUGGCUACUACAACAACAGUGUUGACGAAGUUGAUUUCAGCUGCCCGAACACCUAUUUCCAGAAACCGGUUCCUGCAAGGAAUGAUGGAAAUGGCAAGAAGUCAACUAUCCCCCUUCUCCAGAAUAUGCUGAAACGUCGACAAAUGAUGAAGGAGAUGAAAGACAAAACACACAAGUUGACAGACGGACAGUUGUCAGAUAUAUUUGAAAAUGACAAAGUCUCGUACUCGGAGAGGAAUAAGGAGUACUAUGAUCAAAGUAUGGCUGACUCCACAACAUACAUUAAUAACCACCCUGGUUACGAAUUAUCAAGCCCAACUAAGAGAAAAGCACCACCACUUCUGUACAACACCCCAAGUUUAAAACGUGUGAAAACACAUUCAGAGUCAGAUGUUGAAGGCUCUGACGGAUUGCAACAGUGUCUUACAGUUAAGGAGGAGGAGGAGGAUUCACAGAAUGCCAGCAUUAUCAAGCGUCUUCCUUCAGACACUGUCAGUGCUGAACAAAAACUUAAUGAUAGUACAACAGGUGAUCUGCCUUCUUUGCUUGAUUUCUUUGAUGUGCGUGGAACUGUACAUGAAAACACGACUACAGUCAAUACCCUGAAGUCUACGAAUUCGGCUUUUUCUCCAACAAUCCCGACCUCUCAGCGAGAGUUUCACUCAGAAUCUCAUCAUGACCAUCACCACCAUCACCACACGUCUUCAGAGAGCAUAGCACCAAUAUCAAAUGAAGAAAGCUCUACUAUGACCAGCAGCAACACAGGUGCUGUGUGUACCUCACAUAGAGAGAAUAUGCCUACAUCUCCACCUGCUAGCGGAGAUCCUGUCUUUAGUGAGCUGACCAAUGUCUGUCAUAGCUACUCACGAGGAACACCAGAAGUUGGAACACAAGGACCAACAAUGAGCCAGCUCACCGGUAGUCACGGAUACAGUCAAGAUGAAGAUAAUGGUACAUACAUCGAUUUGCUUGUCUCCAUGUACCUUGGAAACAAUAACAAUGAUAAACCGCUAUCAACGCUGAAACACGAAUUCCAUGUCUACACAGACACUUUUAACAAAUCACGUGCACAAUUCAUGCAGCAGGACAUGAGCCAACAUGGAUAUGAUCAUUACAAAUCAGCGAAUCAGUAUGACUUUACUUCCUGGUAUGAAUCAGAUCACUGGCGAAAUGCGCACGCACAUGCAAGAAUGGCAAGCCAUGGCUACGCAGAGCAUACACCACUCAGCCCUAUGCCGUAUGCUGGACAUUACGAGUAUCCCAGCAUGCAAUUCGCAGACUGGUACAACUCUGAUCCUAUGAGUGAUUCAAGUCGACUGUUGAUGUCACAAGCCUUGAACUAUCCCCAUGGUAACUCAGGAAUUUUGUACAGUCGAUCACUGUUUUAAGUGAUGGUGUGGCUAAUUUGAUAUAUUUAAGUGAAGGAUUGUCUCAUUAUAAUUUGGUACAGUAGAAAGAAUACAUCGUGCAAUACUUUAUUUAUUUGUAAAGCAGGCGCAAUUAUAGUGCAAUACUGAGCAGAGGCAAUUAGCAACACUUAUUGUAGUGUACUUGGUUGCAAACCCUUUAACAUCUAUCUUUGAAUCUACCUAAAUUUUGUUAGUAUAUAGUAACUUUUAUCUAUUUAUAAAUGAUUUUUUAAAUACAGUUUAUGGGAUGUAAGAUUUUUAAGUAAAUUAGCACCAUGCAUAUGACCAGGAUUUUACAUUCUAGGUAUUCAUCAUUUGGGCCAGUACAACACAGUUUAGCAUCACAUUUUCAGACAUACCAGACCAAUUGUUAGAUGAAUACUUGAACCAGGAUAUCAUAUGGUGUAAAGUAGUUUCAGUUACCUAGAAGUUUCCGAGUACAAGGACAUGAAUAUAUAGGAUCUAAUUCGUGGACGCCAAAAUCCAAUAACAUAAUGUUCAAAUAGUUCGAGGGAUAAUGUAUCUGUCAGAUCACCCAUUCACACCCUUAGCUUUUGCGGUUUCUUCUUAGCACAGUAACAUUUUGUCAGUUUUUUUAUCUAUAAUGUCACUCCGAGAACAACUCACAAAAACAAAAGCAUAUAAAAGUUGGAGAACCUUUUAAGAUCAAAUA